GGCAUGCCUGCAUGUCCCGGCCCCGGCGGUGUCAUGGGGGGCCAAGGGCUCCUCUUCCUCACGGCGCUUACCCUGGAGCUCCUCGGAGGGGCUGGGGGCUCCCAGCCGGGCCCCCGGAGCCGGGGGGCUGCAGCGGCCUGUCGCCUGGACAACAAGGAGAGCGAGUCCUGGGGGGCCCUGCUGAGUGGGGAGAGGCUGGACACCUGGGUCUGCUCCCUCCUGGGCUCCCUUGUGGUGGGGCUGAGCGGGGUCUUCCCGCUGCUGGUCGUGCCCCUGGAGAUGGGGGCCACGCUGCGCUCAGAAGCUGGGACCCGGCGCCUGAAGCAGCUGCUCAGCUUCGCCCUGGGAGGGCUCUUGGGGAACGUGUUCCUCCACCUGCUGCCCGAGGCGUGGGCCCACACCUGCAGCAGCAGCCCUGGUGCUGAGGGCCAGAACUUACAGCAGCAGCAGAAGCUGGGGCUGUGGGUCAUUGCCGGCUUCUUCGCCUUCCUGGCCUUGGAGAAGAUGUUCCUGGACAGCACAGAGAAAGAGGGCAGCAGCCAGGCCCCCAGCAAAGGCCCCGUUGCUGCUGCCGCGCUCAAUGGAGGCCGCUCUCUGGCCCUGCCGGCCGCAGAGCCCGGCCUGAGCGCCGUGGUCCGGAACAUCCAAGUCAGCGGCUACCUCAACCUGCUGGCCAACACCAUCGACAACUUCACGCACGGGCUGGCCGUGGCUGCCAGCUUCCUCGUGAGCAAGAAGAUUGGGUUCCUGACCACCAUGGCUAUCCUCCUGCACGAGAUCCCCCACGAGGUGGGCGACUUUGCCAUCCUGCUCCGGGCCGGCUUUGACCGAUGGAGCGCAGCCAAGCUGCAGCUCUCGACGGCGCUGGGGGGCCUGCUGGGGGCCGGCUUCGCCAUCUGCACGCAGUCUCCCAAGGGAGUAGGUACGGGCGUGGGGGUGGCGCGGCGGGCGGCGGUGCGGGCGGCCGGUCCUGGCCUGUCCCCGGGCGGCAGCCAGCGGCCUCCUCCCCCCUCUGCAGAGGAGACCGUAGCCUGGGUCCUGCCCUUCACGUCUGGCGGCUUCCUCUACAUCGCCCUGGUCACCGUGCUCCCCGACCUCCUGGAGGAAGAUGACCCGUGGCACUCCGUGCAGCAAGUACUCCUGCUCUGCGCGGGCAUCGUGGUCAUGGUGCUGUUCUCGCUCUUCGUGGACUGAGCACGCCCCCACCCCUGCACAAUAGACUCCGUUUCUCCCCGCGAGCGUGUGUGAGGCAG